AGACUUGCACGAUCACCGAACGAUCGUCAAUAUCCAAUCGGUAAUCUGUCACUCGUAGACGAUAAGCUCAUGUAAAGUUUUCAGCAAUUAUUCUUCUCCGUAUGUCGAUUUGAGAAACGUUGGAAUAUUACAAGUGAAGCAUACUUUCGGAAGCCUUAACAAAGUUAUUAACAUGACGACGGAAGAGAAGUUUAACGCGGCUGUGAACGUAAUUAGAAGCUUACCAAAAAACGGAGCUUACCAACCUAGCAAUGAAAUUAUGCUGCGUUUUUAUUCUUAUUACAAACAAGCUACAGAAGGACCAUGCCAACAACCAAAACCAGGUUUUUGGGAAGUUAUAAAAAAAGCAAAAUGGGAUGCUUGGCAACGUUUAGGCAAUAUGAGUCGAACAGAAGCUAUGAACAAUUAUGUUGAAGAAUUAAAAAAAAUAGUUGAAACAAUGUCAUAUACUGACAAUGUAGCAACUUUUGUGGGUAGUUUGGAUUCAUUUUAUGAGAGUGUACCUGUUGAAGAUUUAGAAUUGCUCGUUGGACCAGUUUUAGAACGUAUGCGCACACAACCAGAUUCGCCAUUGUCUGGUUCUCCUUUAGUAUCUAGAGAAACAUCACCGCACAGAGUUUGCAAUACAUCAAGACAUAUAACAAGUAGCUUAGAAACAAGUCCAGCUAGUAGUCACAGUGCAAGUCCUUUACCACCUGAUACAGAUGGUGAAGAAGAAGAAUUUAUUGAUACAGUUGAAUCUGCUCCAGAUCGAACACCAAAAGAUGCCAUUAAAUCUUCUGCAAGUGUUCAAAAAACAAGUAUUACAUUUAGUGCUUCAGAUGAUAAUGUAAACAAGCAGCAAAGCACUGCAAAAGAAAAUCCAUUAGAAUUACUUAAUGGUCAUGCUAAGAUAAAUGAUCUUACUGAAAUAAACGUAGAUACAAAACAAGAAAGAGGUCGAUCAAAAGUAAAAAAAGAUGAUAAAAUAAAUGCUGAAUUUUUUAACCAAAUAGCAUCAACAAUGCAAAAUUUACAAAGAGAUCUUGAUCGAAUAACCGCACGAGUUCGUAGUUUGGAAGGCCAAGCACUUCAAGCCUUGUCACCUCUAAGAGAACGAAAUAACGAUCGAUUGUACCCAAAAUGGUGGCCUUUUCCAGAAUGUUCACCGCGAUUGUUCACUUUACUUAUUAUAUGGCCAUUUGUAGCUCAAAUUCUUGUCUCUCUUACACAACGAUAUCGUCAACGGAGACUGUGAUUUUCCAAUACAAAUAUUAUUAUUAAUCUAAAUAUUAUAUUUAUAAUUAGAGUACAUUAAAUAUACAGAGAUUUUAGUCGUUUAAAUAUAUAUACGACAUAUUCUAAAAAUCUUAACUCUAAUGAAGAAUUUGUUCAUGUGAAUAUAUUUUUUACGAUAUUUGAUCGAAUUGUAGAUUUAAUGAAAUUAAAAAGAAUUUUAAG